GAAGUCCCAUACCAUGACAACCUCUGUGUUUUGUUUCAGGCAUCGGAGGGUGUUCCUGUGAAGUAUUUUGAGAACCUGGAGGAACUGAUAGAAUUUUACAAGAAGGAGAACAUGGGUCUCGUAUGGCAUCUCAAAUAUCCAGUGUUGCGGGAAGAGGAGGAGGCUGCAGAUGAACCAGAGGAGGAUGCUGACCUGGUACCCACGCCUCCUAUCCUACCCCUGCGCAACAUCCUCAUGUCAUUGCCGAGCAGUGAGACAAAGGAGGUAUCUCCUCUCCCUGAGAACUCCAAGGUGGCAGAUGUUAAUAAAUUGUCCCUUUCUGAGACACUACUCCAGCGGCUGCAGCACCAGGACACAAGCAGUGUCUCUGAUGAGCAUCUUAAGCUCAUCCAGGAUUACCUGCGAGUUCACAUCAUCAGUGACUUUGAGAUGGUUCAGACUGGCUCAAGCAACCUUCCUCAACUGAAGAAACUACUUGCACUUCUUUGCAAAGGACUUUUCAGUGAAGCCUCUAGGACUCUCCCAUCUCUGGAAUCCAUCCAGAAGGUGUUUGAGCAGCAGCUGCACCCUGGUAUCCAUCAGCGCUCACAAAUGCUCGGUGAAGCUAGUCCAGUCAAUAUUGUAUUGAAACUCAAUCAGCUGAUUUCUUUGCUGUCUUCUAUUGAAGAAAAGGUGAAAACACUGCUGAUUGAGGGUCCUGACUCGACACACCGUCGCUCCCUCAUCCCCCCUGUCACUUUUGAGGUGAAGGCUGACUCCCUAGGAAUUUUCUCAAAAAUACAUCUCAAGGUUGAUGUGGAAAUGGGAAAACUGAUUAUCAAGAGAGCUAAGGAUGGUCCAGAAGACAAGUUUUAUACCCACAAGAAAAUCUUGCAGCUGAUCAAGUCCCAGAAGGUCCCGAACAAACUGGUGAUAGUGCUGGAAACAGAAAAAGAAAAAACACAGCGGAAGGAAUAUGUUUUCUCUGAUUCCAAGAAGAGAGAAGGGUUCUGCCAACUUCUGCAGCAGAUGAAGAAUAAACACUCGGAGCAACCAGAGCCUGAUAUGAUCACCAUCUUCAUUGGGACUUGGAAUAUGGGUGCUGCACCUCCCCCAAAGAAGAUCACCUCCUGGUUUCUCUCCAAGGGGCAGGGGAAGACCCGUGAUGACACUGCUGACUACAUUCCUCAUGAUAUCUAUGUGAUUGGCACACAGGAAGAUCCACAAGGGGAGAAGGAAUGGCUGGAGACCCUGAGGCAAUCCUUGCAGGAAAUCACCAGUAUCAGCUUCAAAGUGAUAGCAAUCCAUACCCUCUGGAACAUCAGGAUUGUUGUACUGGCCAAGCCAGAACAUGAGAACCGCAUCAGCCACAUCUGCACAGACAACGUGAAGACAGGCAUCGCAAACACACUGGGUAAUAAAGGAGCUGUGGGGGUGUCAUUCAUGUUUAAUGGAACCUCCUUUGGGUUUGUUAACAGCCAUUUGACUUCAGGAAGUGAAAAGAAACACAGACGCAACCAGAACUACACGAGCAUCCUGCGCUUCCUGACACUGGGAGAUAAGAAACUGAGUCCAUUUAACAUCACUCAUCGCUUUACUCAUCUCUUCUGGCUGGGAGACUUGAACUACCGCGUGGAGCAGCCCCCAACGGAAGCAGAGAAUAUUAUCCAGAAGAUCAGGCAGCAGCAGUAUCCGGAGCUGCUGGCCUUUGACCAGCUUCUCAUAGAGAGAAAGGACCAAAAGGUGUUUCUGCAGUUUGAGGAAGAAGAGAUCACUUUUGCUCCAACCUACCGUUUUGAAAGAGGUACCCGGGAGAAGUAUGCUUACACCAAGCAAAAAGCUACAGGGAUGAAGUACAAUUUGCCAUCCUGGUGUGAUCGAGUGCUCUGGAAAUCAUACCCCAUGGUGCACGUUGUGUGUCAGUCCUAUGGCUGCACCACUGACAUCAUGACAAGUGACCACAGUCCUGUCUUUGCCACCUUCGAAGUGGGAGUCACCUCACAGUUUGUUUCAAAGAAUGACUCCAAGUACACAAAUUCCCAAGGGGAGAUAGAGUUCCUGCACUGCUACGCUACCCUGAAGACCAAGUCCCAGACCAAGUUCUACAUCGAGUUUCACUCCAGCUGCUUAGAAAGUUUUGUGAAGAGCCAGGAAGGAGAAAAUGAGGAUGGGAGUGAAGGGGAACUUGUGGUAAAGUUCACUGAUGCGCUUCCAAAGCUGACUCCCAUUAUUUCAGACCCAGAAUACCUCCUGGAUCAACACAUCCUGAUCAGCAUUAAGUCAUCAGACAGUGAUGAAUCUUAUGGGGAAGGCUGCAUUGCCCUGCGAAUAGAAGCAACAGAAUCCUUAGUUCCUAUCCAUACUGUGCUGACACACCAUGGUGAGAAAACAGGAGUCUUCCAAGGUGAAAUCAAGUUACAAACAUCACAAGGAAAACAGAGAGAGAAACUGUAUGAUUUUGUCAAGAUUGAACGUGAUGAAAUUGCUGGGCAGAAACCAAAGAAUAUCAGCAACUUAGAGCCUAGCAAAGACUGGGAUCAGAGUCACAGAAAGUCAAAAUCUACUCAUCUGGUGGCCAGAGAGGCAGCAGCCAUUGCUCGCUACUGGGGGAGUGCUUCCUCUUCUACAGACAACCUGGGAAAGGAGGAUACGUUACGCAGCUCCACUCCCACAGACAUCAGCAACCCCAACUACCUGGGGAUGGCUGCUUUUUCUCAGCAGCCCUCUGCAACCAGCCAGCUUAAGCAGAUACCUUCACCAGACCAGCCACCUGCUCUCUGGAGCUACGAGCAGCAGCCCAAAGACACUACCUCUGUAAUGGGACAGAGUCAGUCAUCCUCCACAUCACCCUCCUUAUCACCAUUAUCUCCAAAACCAUCCCUCCAGCCUACAGUAAACAGGAGCAUUUGUAUUCGGAGCCAAGAGUACCUGCCACCUGAACUGGGGAAAACCAUAGCAGAACCUUCACUUCAGGAGGAGGGACAGCAAAAGCCAGAGAUGUUUGAGAACCCACUGUAUGGCUCUAUGGGAUGUAAGGGUAAGGUGGCACCAAAGAAAGAGCAGGACUAUGCCAAGGCCUCACGAAAAGAGCAGCUACCACUGCCUGAUCAGAGCUGUCAUCUCACAAAGUCGCAGGAGCCUGAGAGCAGCAAGACCUGUGGCAAACAGCCAUCACCACCUUUCCUGGUCCCCACACAGCGAUUUCGGUCCUAUACCUGCUCUGGCCAAUCUGAAGAAAAGAAUACAGGGGAAAAGACUCAAGGCAAACCGAAGAUUACUGCACCGUUAGAAAACUCAGCACCACUCAAAAAGCUAGUCAAGCCAUUGAGGUCUGAAGUCAGCCCAAGCACCCAGGGACAGCAGAACAAGCCACCCCUUCCCUCGAAGAGCCGGGCAGUGCUGGACAUGCAGAAUUCCAAGGGCCGAGACUAUCGGGACAGUUCAGAGCUGCCACACUCUGGGAAGCAUCGGACAGAAGAGGGACCAGUUGGCAGGACAACUACACCGGUGUGUUACCUGUGGCAGUGGGGCAGGGGAGGAGCUGGUGUCACAGAAGAAUGUUACUAG